AUGGGCACGAAAGGUCGAGGAUCCGAGCUGGAUCAUGAAGCGAAGAGGAUCAAAUCUGACGACGGCAAGGGCGGUGAUGAAGUCUCAUCCAGCAACUGUGUGCAGACUGCCCCAGCUUUGCCUCGUCAACCUAUCACCCAUUUGAGCAAGUUGUCCCAAGUGGCUCGUCAGCAAAUCGACUAUCUUCUACAAGCUCUCAGUGAGAUAUACCCUGAGAGUCUGCACCAAGUGGAUAUAUUGGAUCAGAUCAAUGCCAUCAACGCUGAUAGACGCCGGCCAAUCUUUCCGUACAAGCCGCCUAAGAUGGUAAUGACUAUUUGCCGUGGUCCGCGUGAAAUUGAUGUUACCCAGAACAGCGAGAAAAUAGGCGGCGGCAGACUUAUUUCCUUGAUCAGCGCCGUGCCUUACGGCGAUGAAUGUUACUUUACAGUCGAAAUUGAGCACCCGCGACUAUACAUGGGCGAAUUUGCCAUGCCAUGCGAAGACGAUUGGGAGUCAAAGUAUGAAGAAAUGCCAUGGAAGGAUGACUAUCUACGUCAAGUCAAGCGCCUCGCCAGAAAUGCUGUAUUUUCUCACAACCGAAACGUACUGGGUUGGGCAAUGCGUGAGAUUGCGCAUGCUGAAACCCCAUUAGCUUGUUUCAAUGGAAUUGAAAAGGUUAGGGGACAGUUUCUUUCGGGUAAUGUAGUAUGGACUACAGAAUCUCGGGAUGCCUGGGGCUUUCACGGAUAA